GGAGCUGAGCUGAGGCGGGACCUAAGCGCUUCCGGUCUUCAGAGGAAGUGGGCUGCCGGGUGAACUGGGCGCGGGGAGUCUCUCCAGGCCCGUUCCACCAUGUCGAAGGUUUCGUUUAAAAUCACGUUGACGUCGGACCCGCGGCUGCCGUACAAAGUACUCAGUGUUCCUGAAAGUACACCUUUCACAGCAGUCUUAAAGUUUGCAGCAGAAGAAUUUAAAGUUCCUGCAGCCACAAGUGCAAUUAUUACAAAUGAUGGAAUAGGAAUAAAUCCUGCACAGACUGCUGGAAAUGUUUUUCUAAAGCAUGGCUCAGAACUUCGAAUUAUUCCUAGGGAUCGUGUUGGAAAUUGUUAAUAGCUGCUACUUGGAACAUUCAGUUGCCUUUCAGAAUAAAUACUGGUAUAUUUUGUUAUUGUAAAAUUGAAAUCAAGCAUUGGACGUACUCUGAAAACACACGAGUCAAAAAGCAAUGAAAGGUGACCCGGUUCUUUCUUGUUGCUGGUACUCUUCCUGUGAAGAGGAGUGCUUAUGGAUGGAGGCUACCACCACCCCAGAAGGUCAGAAGGUCAUUUGAUUGCUACCUUACAACACAAGUAGGGAGUUCAUUUGGGGCAACUGGUUUCUCCAAAAUUGUGCUUCAACUGGAGGAUGAAUGGUGAUUCUUUCUGAGAGCACUUGGGUUAAAAUUAAUUAAAAUUCAAUGAAUCUUAACCUAUUUAUUUGUCCUUGGUUUUAAAAAGUAAAAGGAUUUGGAUGACAAUGAUUGAUUACUACCAUCUGAUUUGCAUACAUAGUUUGAUUUUUAUAUAUAGUUUAUUGUGAAGAUAAUAGUUAACAAUCUUCCAUCAGUUGUGAUUUUUAUUUAAUUGACUGUCAUUAAUUUUAGUAUCAACAAAUCAAAAAUUGAGUAUUUUGAUUGAAGCAUUGGGUACAUAAAUUGAAAACCUAUACUGAAUAGUUUUAACAAUGACUUCUCCAAUCUAGUAUUUGUCAAAGUGGGAUUGUAAAGACAUCCUUUGCUGGGUUAUGCAUUUCUUUAUCUAGUAUUUGUCAAAAUGGGAAUGUAAAGGCAUCCUCUGCUGGAUUAUGCAUUUCUUUAUCAGCACCCUUUGAUAACUCACGAGAAAAACUAAUGCCUUCAAGGAUAAUGUAUUUGUAUGGCACUUAGAGAGUAUUGUUAUAUUGAUGCUAUGAAAUUUAUAGUAUGACCUAAUUGGAAAUGAUAGUGAGUUACACUUACUGAAGACCCAGCAUUUUAAAGAUGUGCUCAUCCAAGGGGAUAAGAAGCCAGGGAAAGAAAGGUGACCAGGCUUUGGCAAGAAGGGAAGCAACAAUGAAGAGGAACAGAAAAUUCACAGUGUCAUAAGAAAAAGCCAACUUUGUUUUGUUUUGUUUUUUUGUCAACUUCCAAUUGACAAAACUGCAGUACAUGUUGGAGCAAACUGAGAUAGCAAAAUACUAGAUAGUCUUAAGUAGCAGAGAAAAAAACCAUGAACCUUGUCAACCUAUCAGUUUCAAAAUAACUUUAUUAGAAUCCAAAGAAUGAUAUGCUAAUGAAAGCUUUUAUUUGCUUUACGGAGGGGUAUCAGUACCUAUGCAUAUCCAGUGAUUCAGAAUGAGUACUUGACCUAUAUUUUAAAUGGUGAGCUUUCUGGAGGAAAGGGUUGUAUCUGUAGUAGGUUUUCAAUAAAAACUUAUUGAGUUAGUAAUAAAUGAAGUAUCACAUAGUAUGUGUCAGUGUUUACCCUUCCCAAGGCUUACUGGGAGAAAGAAAGAAAAUAACAGGAUCAGCAUCUGAAAGGUGAACAAGGUAAUUUGAGAAAUUUACCAGAGCCAGGCACAAAUGAUACAUGGUUCACACUUACCCUAGCUACCUGGGAGGCUAAGAACAAAAGCAUCUCAGCUCAAAGCCAGCCCUGGCAGAAUGUUCACGGGACUCCCUUCUCAACACAGUUUUGGGCAUGACAUGUACCUGACAUACCUACCUGCAUUUAUGACAGAUUGGGAUAGCCGUGAUUCUAGGUCAACUUAGGCAGAAAAGUAUAAGAUUACAUCUCCAUGGAGGGAACUUGGACUUCGGAACACCUGUGAUUCCAGUAAUAGUGUGAAGUCUAAAAUAGACAAUGGCAAGAAACCAGACCACAUCUCAGAAAUGCGGCUGAAGUGGUAGCACUCCAGUCUAGCAUGGCCUAGCAAGCAAGCAUGCCCUGAGUUCAAAACCCAGUAUUGCCUUCCUCUCCCCUUGCCCAAAUUACCAGAUAUUACAAAAUUGAUGAAUAGGAUGUUAAAUUAUGAAAUGGGGAAUAUGCUGAUAUCAAAAACAUACUAAUAUUCAGGAAAGUUUGUGUAAAUUGUGAUACUCAAAAGUUCCUGUUUUGUAUAAACUAAAUCUACCUAGCCAAUGGUUUUUGAAGCCCUAUCCCUGAAGUUUUUGGCUUAAGUUCUGCUUUUAGCACAAAAGUCUGCUUACUAUUACAUAAAUACUUCUGUCAUAAUGCUGUCUUCAUUUUGGAAAUUAGAUUGUAAAUCUUAAGACUUACUAAACAGCUGCACAUUUUGUUAUUAA